UAAAGACUAAAUGGAAAUAGAAGAAAGAAGAGAUAUGAAACCACGGUGAGGAGAGGAGAGCUAUAUAUGGCUAACCUUGAGCUUGGAGCGACGGGAAUGAAUGGGAAGCCUCAAGUCGUUUUGGAGGUUCUCCAACCACCACCGCUCGCCUUCUUCCGCCUCAGGCAACGCGCCCAUGUCCUCCAUCACGGUGUCGGAGAUGCCCGUGGAGUUCCUGUGCCCCAUCUCCCGCUCCCUCAUGGCCGACCCCGUCAUCGUCCCCCCCUCCGGCCACACCUUCGAGCGCAGCUGCGUCCAGGCCUGCGCCGACUUGGCUUUCUCCCCGCCCGGCCUCUUUCUCGACCUCAGCCCCUCCUCUCUCCUCCUCAUCCCCAAUGUCGCCCUCAAGUCCGCCAUCCUCAGCUGGUGCCAACGCUGCGGUGUCCCAUCUCCACAACCUAUCCCCCUAGACGCCGCCUGCGCCCUCAUCCGCAGCAUCAUGCCUCCCUCCACCAAUCCACGUCCCCCUCCUCCGCCCCUCUUGUCCGACCCGCCUCCUCAUGUUGGUGGUGGUGGCGGUGGUGGUAGUAGUGCGAGAAGAGAUCAAAGAGGUGAAUUCAUGCGGCAAUUCACGGCGUUCUCUCUCGACGAAGCAGAGGAGGCCGAAAAAGGCGAGAGCUUUGGACCGCCACGGGAGUAUGCGUACCCCUGUGAUGGAACCGAAAGAGUAAGAGAAGACAGAGGUGACCUCUCCAGAGACCGAGGAUACGACGAAAAAUAUGAGGAAUUGCGAGCUUCUUCGGCACUGCCGGAUGGAAAAGGCUGCAGAUCGAGGAUAAACGUCCAGAAUAUGAGGGAGACGAUGAGCCCCAACACCCCUUCCGCUUUCUCGGUUCGCACUACGAAUCAUGCUCCCUCCUUUUCGCAACUCUCGACCCCAUCGGCGUCCGAGCACCAGUCUUCUUCCUCCAAUUCCUCCAUUACCGAAGCCUUCUUCGAGCAAGCGCCCAAAGAGCCGCCGCCGCCGACAUCACAAGUCCAAAACCCGGCCGCUUCCAAUCUCCCUGCGUCUCCGACCGCCGACUUUGAUUUGUCGGAAGAGGAGAUCCUGAUUAGAUUGAUGGAUACGGAGUUAUCCGAGCAGGAGUCCGCCGUGGUGUUGCUCCGGCUAGCCACAAGGGAGAGCCGCGACCGCCGGAUUGACCUGUGCACGCCUCGCCUCCUCGCCGCGCUCCGCUCCAUGCUCCUCUGCAGCAGCGCCGCCGUGCAGAUCAACGCUACCGCCGCAUUGGUGAACCUAUCCUUGGAACUGGAAAACCGCGUCCGCAUCUUGAGGUCGGGAGCGGUGGCGCCGCUAGUGGACGUGCUCAAAGGCGGCCAUCCGGAGGCCCGCGACCAUGCCGCCGGCGCCCUCUUCAGCCUCUCUCUCGAGGACGAAAACCGGGCGGCAAUAGGGGUGCUUGGAGCCAUUCCGCCGCUGCUCGACCUCUUUUCCGUGCCCUCAGCCGACGGCGUCCGCGCCCGCCGGGACGCCGGGAUGGCGCUGUACUACCUCUCCCUCGCCGGCUCCAACCGUUUGAAGAUCGCGCGAGCUCCGGGGGCGGUGCGGGCAGUGCUCUCCGUGGCGUUGGAGAGUGAGGAGGCUCCCGUCGACGGGGCACCGCCGCCGCAUGGGCCGGGCUUAGCGAGGCUAGCGAUGAUGACGGUAUGCAGCCUGGCCGUUUGCAACGAUGGGCGUGCGGCACUGAUGGACGGCGGGGCGGUGGCGCCGGUGGUGUCGUUGAUGAGGUCGCCAGCGGCUGCAGCGGUGGAGGAAUACUGCGUGGCAGCACUCUACGGGAUGAGCCGCGGUAGCCUCCGGUUCCGCGGCCUGGCGAGGUCGGCGGGGGCGGAGCCGGUGCUUAUGCGGGUGGCGUAUAGCGGCGGCGGCGGCGAGAUGCGGCGUAAUAUGGCGAAGAAAACGCUUAGGGCGAUGAGGGGGGAGGACGACACUGACGCGCCGCCGCCAAUGGGAUUCCCGGUGGGCGACGACGGCAGCGUUGUCUCGGAGGGGUUGAAGUCGUUUCGCGGGCGACCCAACCACCACGCUAACCCGUCGCGCAUGAACUCGGCCGGGUUCUGACCGAGUUGAGAUGAAUUAUUAUUAUUAUUAUUAUUAUUAUUAUUAUUAUUAUUAUUAUUAUUCGAGGAGAGGUGUGGCUAUCGAAGGUGUAGAAGUUAGACAAUUGUGUAGUUCUAUCUCCGUAUUUAAGUGAUCAAUGAGCAUUUCAUUCUGAUUUUUUUUUUA